AUGUCUAGAAUGUGGGCGAUUGACAGAGGUGCAACGCACCUUAUCUGCUAUGACAAGUCCAAGUUUGAAGUUCUUGACGAGCGCAAUGAAGGUGAAUUGUUGAUUGCAGAUGGGAACAAGGCUGCGAUCAACGGUGUCGGGACAAUCGUCGAAAAGGUGAUCCUGUCCAGCAGUGAAGAGCACGAAGUCGAGAUCAAGGACGCGCUUUACGUCCCAAGCAUGAACAAGAACUUGCUUUCGAUACCACAAUCAACAAAAGCGGCAAGUUUCAAGUGGUGUUUGAUGGUGACGAGAUGA